UUCCGGAGCCUCACUCGUCACGGACGGCCGGAAGUGGUCGCAGAUUCAAACCGCCGCCACAGCGACUAUAAAGACGAACUUUGAAUUUACGCCGUCAAAUGAGCGAGAGGUUGACGAGAAGCUGAGUUGGAGGCGCACAGAGGAUUUGUUUCAGGUGCAGUCAGAAUUGGUCCAAGCUGCUGGCACCAGUAUGGAAGAAGAAACAAAGAUGGCUGAGACAGAACAAGGAGAUGACGCAGGCAAAGAGGGGGAGUCCAGUGCAGCCAGCAGUCCCAUUAAACGAGGAAGGGGGAGGCCACACAGUUUAAAGAAGCUGAGCAUUUGUGUAACAGACCUCAAACUCAUUGGGCUGGUGUCCGGCAUUUCCAACGGUGGGUCCACGCAGCCCAAGAGAGGAAGAGGGCGUCCAAAACUCUCCAUCACAACAAACACAGAGAAGAAGGAGGAGGAGAAGGAGAAGGAGGAGGAGGAGGGAUCUGGAGACAACGAUGGGUCCACGCAGCCCAAGAGAGGAAGAGGGCGUCCAAAACUCUCCAUCACAACAAACGCGGAGAAGAAGGAGGAGGGAUCUGGAGACAACGAUGGGUCCACGCAGCCCAAGAGAGGAAGAGGGCGUCCAAAACUCUCCAUGACAACAAACACAGAGGAGGAGAAGGAGGAGAAGGAGGAGGAGGAGGAGGAGGAGGAGGAGGAGGGAUCUGGAGACAACGAUGGGUCCACGCAGCCCAAGAGAGGAAGAGGGCGUCCAAAACUCUCCAUCACAACAAACACAGAGAUGGAGGAGGAGAAGGAGGAGGAGGGGUCAGGAGACAACGGUGGGUCCACGCAGCCCAAGAGAGGAAGAGGGCGUCCAAAACUCUCCAUCACAACAAACACAGAGAAGGAGGAGGAGGAGGGAUCAGGAGACAAGGAUGGGUCGACGCAGCCCAAGAGAGGAAGAGGGCGUCCAAAACUCUCCAUCACAACAAACACAGAGAAGGAGGAGGAGAAGGAGACGGAGGAGGGAUCAGGAGACAACGAUGGGUCCACGCAGCCCAAGCGAGGAAGAGGGCGUCCAAAACUCUCCAUCACAACAAACACAGAGGAGGUGGAGGAGGAGGAGGGAACAGGAGACGACCAGGCUCCUGAUUCUGUGCCCGCUCACAGGGGUAGAGGGAGACCUAAGGGGACCAAGACCAGUAAAGGAGACGAUACUCCUGGGAAAAGAGGGAGACCGAAAAAGUCGCUCGGCAAUAACAGCCCUGUUGCUGAACAGUUAUCGAAUGGUGGCUCUGAUUCACCAAAAAGGAAAAGGGGUCGUCCGAAAGGACCUGUGACGCCUGUGUCAGAAAAUGCUAAAGAGGGCGAAGGCAGUCCUGUAAAAAGGAAAAGAGGCCGACCAAAGGGCUCUCCUAAUAAGAAGCGCAGACGCCGGUCAGAGGAGAGCAGUGAAGAGGAGAGCAGUGAGGAGGAGACGGAUGAGGAGGAGGAUACUGACAGAAGCGAAAGGGAGGGACGUCAGAGCGGGUCAACGCAGUCAAAUGGCAUCUUGGACACGCCUAAGAGACAGAGGGGAAAGCCACGAGAAAGGCACACCCCAGACGACUCACCGGACUCUACAAGAGGAAGAGGUCGACCCAAAGGCGCUUGGAACAAGACACAUCCUGCGUUUAAGGUGCAAAAGACGACAAGCCGGUCCAAGAGAGCACCCACCCAACUCACAUCAUCAUCCCCAUCCAAGAGGGGAAGACCGAGGAAGUACCCUCUGCCGACACCGGAGGAGCUCAACAAACCAAAAGAGUGGAAACCGCUCGGACGGCCGAGGAAGAACCCGCAUACUGAUCAUACAGAGGAGUCUCCAGCAGGCCCUAGCAGAGGCCGCGGUCGGCCUCCCAAGACCCAGUCUAAGAAAGGCGCUCACCUGCGCAAGAGUUUACCCGACACAUCCUCACCUCGCAACCCCGACGAUGAUCCCCCCAGAAAAAGCAGCCACGCUCUAAGCACUGCUAAAGAUGAAGCUGUACUAUCGCCGAAAAGGGGACGUCCGAAAGGUUCAAGCAAGAAAAAUAAAGCCAGAGAGGAAACAGAGCUGGACCCAGCGUCGCCAGCCGGUUAUAUACCACCUGUUGAGGAACAUGAAGUAGAGCCAGCAGAGGAGGAAGAACAUGAAGCAGAACCAGCAGAGGAGAAAGAACAUGAAGCAGAACCAGCAGAGGAGAAAGAACAUGAAGCAGAACCAGCAGCGGAGGAGGAAGAACAUGAAGCAGAACCAGUAAAGGAGCAGGAGAAGCAGGAGGAGGAGCCCGAGGUGCAGACGACGUCCACCGAGCAUGACGAGAAGACCGUCGAACAAAACGCAAACUUUGAAGUCAGUGACCAGGCUUGAUGAGCUGACAAAAAAAGUUGGUGUAGUAGUUGUUUUUGUUUUAAAACAUAGAAACAAUCUUUGUCAAUGAAAUAAUGUUUAACAUUUUCUCGCUCGGGUGGAAUUACAGGAUCAGCGACUCCUCUGUUUUCCUGACUAACUUUUUCAUUUAGUUUUAAUGAGCCCGAUUAAUUUAAAAAAAAUUAGAUUUCUUUAUUUGUAAUUUCUGAGUAGGCAGUACUAAAAACCUUUUACUAGAACUGGCAUGUAAAGUAUUAUUAUGUGUUGUUGCAGUUUUCAUUUAGCUGUCGGGUGUUUUGUUCGUCAGUGACAGUAAAUGUUGGAGAGAUGAGAGCGAGAAAAACAAACAGCGUCUGUUCCUCGAGCUUCGGUCACUCAGUGAAGAGUCUCACUGACUUUCUCUUAUUAACUUUUAGGUCAAAUCUUAUUCCUGUUCCUGGAUCAUUCCCAUGAUGCUCUAGGAUAAACUGGCAGGAGAAUAUAGAGUAUUUACACAAUAUUUGCCCCUGAUAUCCAAACACAAGCCACCUUGUUUGAAUCAAUGAUAAAAAAGUGAAAUCGACAUGAGACGAAUAUCAAAGGGUUCUCUUAAGCUCUUAAAGCUACUUUCACACAUACACUGAAUUCCGGAUAUUUUUCCUGAUACAUGUCCAUAGCCAUGGUUUCUGGUCAUUUACAUUAUUCCAAACGGUGACGGUGUCUUUGACGGAGCUGGAACCUGAUCUGGAAGUUGCAGCUUCCCUUCGGCUCCAUUGAGGGUCUGUGGGGGGAGUUUGUGUAGAGAGAAUAUGUUGUAAUGUCUGUCUUUUCUUCUAAAUGCCAUUUCACAUUCGAUCUUUUUCAACACAUAUGUUUUUGCCUUAAUUGUCCAAGCUUUGAAUGUAUCAGCGGUUUCUUUGUUUUUAAUUUGGAUCAGCGAGUAGUCGUGCACAGUCAGUGUUGUCUUGUUGAAUGCAUUCCUGGACCGGACAUGUCACCGUCCUGCCGCUCUGUAGAGUUCCUCCUCCACUUGAACACAUUUUAACUUUUUAAUAAUCUGUUUUCAAUCCUCGUUUCUUGUAGAUGUGAAACCUUUUCUUCUUGUUUUUCCAAAUGAUUUCAGCUCCUUGUGAGCAUGUAUUUUUUUGUGUGAUAUCAUCGUUACUCAUGUUAACAUCUGAGACCGGAAUCAAACAUUGACGUUUCCUAAAAUGCCAAAUUGUGCUUCUGUGUGUCCAGUUGUGUAAAGUAAGUAAACUGUGAGGUGACGGAGGUGGAGGUCGCGUGGAGAUUCGAUCUGGCUCCGUCGAGGGGACAUAUUUGGAUUUUGUGUGUUUUGAACAAGAAUCCAAUCAUUUGUGAGAACAUGGUCUUGAAAUAAAAUGUUGAUCUGUUAAA